UGGGCCUCAGUCGCCGGCUGCGAGCGCGCCUAAGGAGGAGUGGAAGCCGCCAUUUUGUGCGUUUUCCUUUUCCCCACCCCCUUUUUUCCCCGUUCUCUACCGGUGGAAGCCUAGGCCUUCGGGUUGCCCUCCGAACGGACCUCUUAGCGCACCCGCCGGUGUACUGGUAGGCUGCAGCUGCCCCCUACCGGCGGCAGCGGCGAGGAGGAGGCGGCGUGUGGCGGGCCGCGGCUCCGGCAUGGAGAACUCCCAGCUAUGUAAGCUGUUCAUUGGCGGGCUGAACGUGCAGACGACGGAGGCCGGGCUGCGGGAGCACUUCGCGGCCUACGGGACCCUGACUGACUGCGUGGUGGUGCUGAACCCGCAGACCAAGCGCUCCCGAUGCUUCGGCUUCGUCACGUACUCGGCGGUCGAGGAAGCCGACGCCGCCAUGGCAGCUUCUCCGCACGCGGUGGACGGCAACGCCGUGGAGCUGAAGCGGGCCGUCUCCCGCGAGGACUCGGCCCGGCCGGGAGCGCACGCGAAGGUGAAGAAGCUCUUCGUCGGAGGCCUCAAGGGGGACCUGGCUGAGAACGACCUGGUGGAGCACUUCAGCCAGUUCGGCCCCGUGGAGAAAGCCGAGAUCAUCUCCAACAAGCAGAGCGGCAAGAAGCGCGGCUUCGGUUUCGUCUACUUCCAGAACCACGACGCCGCCGACAAGGCCGCUGUGGUCAAGUUCCACCCCAUCCAGGGCCACCGCGUGGAGGUCAAGAAGGCCGUGCCUAAGGAAGACAUCCAGGGCGGCGGCGGCUCCUCCAGGUCGAGCUGGGGCGGACGGGGGCGAGGAAGGGGAGGCGGAGGCAACCGGGACCACAACGGGCUCUCCAAAGGAGGCGGCGGCGGCUAUAACAGUUAUGGUGGCUACGGCGGAGGAGGAGGCGGCGGCGGCGGGGGCUACGGAUCCUACGGAGGCGGCUCAUACGGUGGAGGAGCCGGCGGCGGCGAUUACGGCAACGGGUACGGCGGCUUCGGCAGCUACAGCCAGCACCAGUCUUCCUACGGCCCCAUGAAGAGCGGCGGCGCGGGGGGCGGAGGGGGCGGCGGCUGGGGCCCCCGCAGUAACAGUGGACCAUACAGAGGCGGUUAUGGCGGGGGAGGUUACGGCGGCUCCUUCUAAGCGGGAAAUGCCCAUUACUGUUCUGGGGGUGUCGGUUUUGUCUGCAUGGAGUAUGCCCUCUGUUGUACCGGGCCAGGUUCUUAAUAGUUCCCCUACUCUUCGCCCUAAGGGGGCACCUCCGUACGAAAAGGCUUCCGUGAUGCGGAGCUGCUCUCGAAUUAUUCUUGUUGGAGUCGCUCUGCUGCCUGUUUCACUUCUUUCGGAAGAUGGACUGGGCCUCACACACAACGAUUUUGUGUUAGUCAUUGAUGGACUCUAUUUUUUUAUUGCUUGGACAUUGGUCGUUUUUAUACUAGGAAUAAGAUACCGUUUUAAUUUUGGUUUAUUUGGGGUUGGGCGGGAGAGGGGAAUUAACUUUGUAAGGACUUGGAUACCUACACAUUUUUUUCUACAAAAUCUGCUCUGCUCCCGUGGCUGUAAAGGGGGAGGGGGGAGAGAAAUGGUUUUUACAUUUUUAUUUUUUAAAUAAAUCAUUGUGUUCAUUGACCUUUACAUGUCUUUUUUCCUAGGGUUCAUUCCAUACAGUUCAAGCAAAGGCUUUUUUAGUCGAACAAGUUAUUUCUGCUCAGAUUUCUACAUGUGUUUCUAGUAAAGGUCUCAACUUUUUUGCUACCCCACUAGAUUGGAUUUAAUACUUAAGAGAUAUGCACCAAUUUUUGAAAUGCCCACGGGUGGAUGUAGUCAGUUAAAAUACUUUAUUGUACGUCCACUGUUUUGUAAUUGGGCAGUUGCCUUGCUGACACAGUUAGUCUGUUUUUUGUACAGGUUGUUCUCCAUCAACAUAUGUCGUUCUGACACAUUUAGAGCAUGUGCUUUUUCAUAUAAGUGUUCAAAUUUUCAGAUUGCUCAGUUUCACAUUGUGUUAUUUAUUGGCUUGCCUGUAAACAACCCAUUAUAGGGGAGGAUGCUUUCUCUUCUGUUAAAAGUACUUUGUUUGCAUAGUGAAGUCAUUUCAACUGAAUUCUGUCUUGUUCUUAUUUAAAGGAGCCAAGAAUCUUGUAGAGCACCACCUGCUGGCAGAAUAGUUGACCAUUGCUAUAAGCUUUACUACAACAGACCAAAACUGCUCUCAAAUCUAUAGACACUUAGUCCUUUAAAUUGCAAAGGUCAAAUCUGCAUGCCAACAAAAAUCCUGGACAUUGGCUGAAAAGAAAUACAUCUGACAUACCCAUAAGUAAAUUUAUUGAUUAAAUAAUUAAAUUGCCCAGUCUUCAAAUUUUGUGCUAGGUGAUUGAUAAAUGAGCCAGUAACCUAGGUGCCAGUUGUAAAUCAAAAUCUCUGUAGUCUGCUUGAUGUAUUUGUAGCCCUUUCACACAGUAGAAUUGAAGUUUGUUGUUCUAUUAGCAAUGUUCUAGAGAGAAACUGCCUUCCUCAAUAGAAAUAUAGACUAGUUAUGGAUUAUUGCAAAUAAAGAAUUGAAUUCUU